UUUACAUGCAUAUUUUUUUAUUUGAUAAAUACUGCACCAAACAUCUUAGCUAAAUGUAAAAUUGCACUACUCGGCAAAAACGUCAACAUUGAUUUAUUUUAGAUGAAUUCUGAAUUAUUUUUCAAGCGAAGGUCUUUGGUGUGUUUAAGAGUCCAGGCGGUCUCUUCGCCUAGCUGAGUUAUGCUAGGAGCAAACCGAAUCUAUUUUUAUUUUAUUUAUUUCACCUUUAUUUAACCAGGUAGGCUAGUUGAGAACAAGUUCUCAUUUGCAACUGCGACUUGGCCAAGAUAAAGCGUAGCAAUUCGACACAUACAACAACACACAUGGGAUAAAGAAAACAUACAGUCAAUAAUACAGUAGAACAAAAGAAAACAAAAAGUAUAUAUACAGUGAGUGCAAAUGAGGUAAAUUAAGGAAAUAAAUGGGCCAUGGUGGCGAAGUAAUUACAAUAUAGCAAUUAAACACUGGAAUGGCAGAUCGGCAGAAGAUGAAUGUGCAGGUAGAGAUACUGGGGUGCAAAGGAGCAAAAUAAAUAAAUACCAGUAUGGGGAUGAGGUAGGCUGAUGGUAUGUCGGGACAGAAUGUUGUGUCUAGAUGGAGGAAAGCUCUAUUAUCACGUCGGGGACAACAGUUGUUGACAACCAUAGCGUUUUAGCUUUAUUUUGUAUUUAUUUAACUAGACAAGUCAGUGAAGAACAAAGUUUUAUUUACAAUUACGGCCUCCCUCGGCAAAACCCUCCCCUAACCCGGACGACGCUGGGUCAAUUGUGCGCCCUAUGGGACUCCCGAUCGGUUGUGAUUACAGUCGGGGAUCGAGUCAGGGUCUGUGGUGACUCUGAGUUUCAGUGCCUUAGACCGCUGCGUCACUCGAAAGCCCCAGUCCCGACAAACCAUCACUGUCACCACCGGUAACAAAAUACACAAAAUAAGGGUAGGCCAAUCAUUUAGUAAAAAUUCAGCAAUAGCCUAAAAAGCUAGCGUACAAUAAUCAACACGGCAUGUUCCCCAUCAUUUAUUUUCAGCUCCAUCCUGCCACCUUAUCAGCUGUUGUCAUACACACCCGGGUCUGAGAAGUAGGCCUUAUUUCACAUAUUCAUAUUUUUAUUAAUUCGAGCUAAAAAAACAAAGCCUGAUUUAACAUCAAACAAUUUGCACAAAUAUUUGCACGUGCAUAAAGUUGGUCUGGUGCUGUAGAACAUUGUUGGUCACGUGACAUUUUAUUAGGAAGUUACAUUUAGCGCUUUUUGAUUUUUAAGUUUUAUAUUAGUGGAUGCUUGCUUGUAUGAACACCCCGAGCGAACUGUUUGUGGUUAUAUGAUGAAUACAACCAACAAAAUAAAAAUAAAAUGUCGCGCAUUGAUUUAUGAUGAACCUUUGCUGAUUAUGACGCAUACUGCCGUAUCCACGACAACGGAUGUAAAAAAGAAACAAACAUGGCAUAAAAAUAUUCUGCAAAAGGUUUCUUUUUUUUAAACCUAAAAAUGAAUUAUAAUUAUCCAAUGACAAACACACGCUCCAAACCAGGACUUGGAUUAGUUGACGGUGGAGAAUCGUAGAUCAUUUGAAAGCACCUUUAUCCUCAUAGUGAUAAAGGACUGGCAAGUGUCUCUCAGAGAGGAAUGGAUGACACGGGAGAGUCGAUGAUGAUGACUCCUGAGGAAAAACUUACCCAGUAUGGUAGCAGGGCCCAAGCCUUUGCAGACACUCAACAGUUUGAUGCUUGUAUCCAGGACCUUGUCCGCUGUGUGGCUCUUACAAGACUGGUAUAUGGAGAUGGGCAAUUGAAACUAGCCCAAGCCCAUGUCAGACUGGCUAAAGCAUACCUACAGUUUAAAGGCUGGGCAGUGCAGGCCCAGGAGCACUCAGCCAGAGCCAGUGACCUGCUCCCCUUCUGCACCCCCAACUCCACCAGCCCGGAGGACAGGGUCCACAUUCUCUCCUGUCUCCUCAACAUAUACCUAACACAGGGAGGCGCCACUCUGCUGCUGGCAAAUCUCGAGGAAGCAGAGUAUAAUCAUCGAAAAGCAGAGAGGAUUGUGGUCGAACUUCAUCAGCUAGGAGGCAUGAGCAAGGAGGAGAAAAUGGAGACUGAGUUUCAGAUAUCCACGUCUCUGUCCAGGGUGUACCAGCGGCAAGGCAGGUCAGAGGAGGCCCUGGGUCAGUGUGAGAGUAGUUUGCAGCUGCUGGAGGGCUGGGAAAGGCCAGGUCAGGCCUGCUCCGUCUAUAAGGACAUGGCUGCCAUCGAACAGGCCCAGGGCCGCCUCGACAGAGCUUUAGAGCACCUCUCUAAGGCUCAUGCCAUAGCUCUGAGUCAGAGCCCUGGGGGUCUGGAUGGGGCUCACAUCGCUCACAGCCUGGCCUUGGCCUACUCUACUGUAGCAGAGCCCCACCACAAUGACUCAGCAGCACACUACUAUGAGGAGAGUCUGAGUACAUACAGGAGCUCCCUCGGCCCACAGGCUACUGUCACUCUAAACCUUCAGGAUGACUACUGUCGCUUCCUCCUCCUCACUGGGCAGCAAGAGAGGUGUGUAGAGAUCCAGAGGGAGUCCCUGGCCUUGAAGAGAGAGACGUUUGGUGACCUGAGUCCUGAGGUGGCUGACACUCUGCAGCUGAUUGGAGGGGUGCAGAUGACCCAGGGCCAGGUGAAGCAUGCCCAUAGGACCAUGAGCAAGUGUCUGGACAUUCAGAGUAUCCUGUAUGGCUCUCAGCAUAAGAAGACAAGAGCCACGCAGAAGACAGUGGACAUGCUGGCCCAGGCGCCCGAGGUUGCUGGGAGACAGAGGGAGGGUAGUUUGAAAACAAGGCCUCCUUUCUGUGCAGUCCUACCUUCUUAUAGCAAGGCAGGAGGAAACGCCAACAUGUCAGACUCCUAACAUGCCAUCAGAGCUGAGCUGGAUGAAUGAGCUUUGGCCCUCUACGAAAGUAAAGCCUCUCCCUUUGUCGCAAGAAGAAAUUCAAUGAAUUGGAAAUGAACCAAGAAGACCCCUGGCAAUCCUUUCUGUUUUCAUUGUGCAUUCUCUGAGAAAUUAGUGUCAGGCUGUUGGCAGGACAACGCAGACAGAACUCCUCAGAAUGAAGGGAAGGUUCUACAGCUCAGGAGAAGAGCUGCAGCGGAGGACUCUGUCCCUUCCCUGUCUCUCUGUGUAUACAACGAAGACGUUCAAUGUUAUGUUUAUGUUGUAUUAAUAAAGACUCAAACUCAGGAAACACA